AUAGAAACUAUAGCAAAUUGCGUUUUUAUGAACCCUUUUUUUCACACUACUUCAUCACGUGACAAAAAAAUUAUUUCUCAUUACACUAUUUCAGCUCCGAAGAAAAAUUUGAAAAAAAAAUUAUAUAUACCAAGUUUGAUUGUCAUUUAGUCUAGUGACACUUUUAGUCUCGAAUAUCACCUUGUAAUUUUCGAGCGCAAGAAUAAUUCAGUAAAAACGGGCAGCUAAUCAUCUUUUUUCCAUCAAUCAGUCGCCUGGCUUUUCACUCCAUUUUAGCCCCGGUCUUCUAUCUUCAUUGUCCUUUUGAAACGCCAAAUUGAGGAGCGUUUAAUUUCACCCUCGCGCCUCUGAUUUUGACUAUAAGCCAUUUUACCUAUUUUGUGGCAGCUAAAUUCCCGGUUGGAAAAUUGAAUAAAAUUGAAUUUGCCCCGAGACUCUCAAAUUUAUAAAGUGCUCUGCAAUUACAAUUACAUUCCUCGACCACCUCUUAAGUCUAAACACGUUUCUUCCAACCUCAAAAAUUUAUCCUGGGGCUAGAACUGUUAUUUUAAUAUUCAUUCAUACACAAUCUCGCUUAAACUCGAAAACGGAACAAAAAUCGCCGACGGAAAUCAAGAAAAGCGUAUAAGAAAUGAGAGAAAAUCUACCAUAUGGUAACUCACAAAAUACAAAAGUGCCAUGAACACUUUAACUGUUCACAUUUAGAAGUUAACACGCUGAUUUAUCUGCCCCGGCUAACGAGAACCUCCAUCAAAAUCUCCCCAAAAUGUCACUUGCAUGACAUUUGCGAGUCAAAAGCAAUCACACAACAGAUGAAAAUUUGUGUUAUUUAUUGUUUUCACGGACACUUUCCAAAGUAUAUCAUUUUCACUAUUUUAUAUAAUUAUCUCAAAUUUUGUGGCGGAACUUCAUAAGAUCACCUUAAAUAUAGGAUUUAUUGGACCAAAGGCAAACAACGAAAUCAAUAAAGUAGCCCAAAUAUCUCGACGACACAAUUCCACGGAAACCUUUUGUCUUGAAGUUCGAUUUACUUUAACUUCUUAUUUUAUCGGUUUACUUUUUAUUGGUUGUAACCUCGCAGUGUAAAUUCUGCUUUGACGCCGCAAUAAGAGUUAAUCAAGUGUUGGGAACACUUGAAAGUCUCUUAAACAAAUUUCACAAUUUUCAAAUCCCCGAGGCUUUCAAAUCUCACCUGUGUUUGGACUAUCUUUUCACGUACGGAACCUACUUUGACAAAUAGAUCUCAACAAUUCACAAUUUGUGGAAACUCCUGUCGACAUUCUGGCAAAAGUAAUCAACGUUGACUCUUAUUAAUCCUUCACAAUAAUUAGUAUUUAUAAUCUGAGCCAGUCAUAAUUCCCAACGAAAAUCCCAUUAAGUGAAAAAAAAAUCGCGGUCCUCUGCUCCAGAACGUAAUUACCUAAUCCCCGCCCCCUUUUGUUAUUUUCAAUUCAUUUAACCUAUUUUUACUCAGCUCAAUUCGACAUAUAAGUAACACUCACAAUUUACAAUUCCGUUGUGGGAAAAGAAAUUACACUUUGCUUCUUUUAUUUUGCCAUACUUGUAUUUUUCAAUUUUUUUCUGAUAAGCAAAUUUGGCUUUCAUCCAGACAUCAAAAGGAAUUUAUAUUAGUCAUCAUCCAGUUGGUUUUAUUUCAUUCCGUUCAGUGGUGAAAAAGGAGCGGUGAUUUUUACAACUUCUAACGCCAAAAGGCUUGCACAUCUAACGUCCAAAUUUACCAAUUUCAUUCCUUCAGCUUCAAUUUAUCGCUAGGUGGAGGACAAAUUUGGAAAAAGCACCGAAGUAAGGACAUAAAAACAUGGAAUUUUUAUUGUUUUUUUUCCUAACCGCAGCCAAUCUCAUUGCGACUUCUACAAUACAAGAACAAGAAAAGCAAGGCUACAUUUACUAUAGUUAACCUAUUUCUUCUUUUUUUUCCGUACCCGCGCCUAUUUUUUUAAGACAUCGCAUAUUUGCAUAUUUUUACAGUUCCCUUUCACAAUUUCUAGUCAGUUAUAUUGAAGACAGCCUGUUAGUUAUAACCUGUUAGUUAUAUCCGUUAUUACGGCCCACUAUUUUAUCUCUGUUCGGUUCGUUGAUUUCCGAGAGGCGGUGAAUUAUGGCUAAGACGUCCCCACUUUCACUGGUGCUUACGGUGCUACUACUACAGCUACUUUCAUGUCUACAUGUGGGCGUUUGUUCUCUGACGAUGGAGAAAGACCUGUCCUUCUUGGUGCAGACAGUGAAGCCCUUUUACUCGGUCACCCCUGGCUCCUCCUUCACCCUCUCCUGUCCUCUGGACUUCUCUCUCUACAGGGGCCAGACACACAGACUCACCCACAGUCUCUUCUGGUACUUCAACAGCCUCCAGAUCUCUCAGAACUCGCAGGUGUAUGCGACCACUGCGUCCAGACUUCACAUUCCCAGAAUCACAGACGCAGAAUAUGGCAACUACUCGUGUCGCUUCUUAGCACUGGACGGUGCUUCUGUCACAUCUCCCCCUAUGCUACUAGUAAAGGGGUCAGCGCCCUCCCUUAACAAACCAGUUCGUACACUCGAUGUCAAACCGAAUAUUCUGUUCUACAUCGAGUGCCUUGGGAACUUCGGAUCACCCCGUGGCAAAGUCACCUGGUUCAAAAACAACGAAGAAAUUCCGGGUGCAAGCAGUGAAAACGGACCUGGAACAAAAACACCAGGGAUAUUCACAAGCCUGCCUUCAGGGCUCCUGGAAGUCGGGGGUAUUUCUCAGACCAAUUUCGAUCCGGAUUCACAGAAGUUUCACUGUGAGGUGACAAACCAACAUGGAAAAGACACUUCGGGCAAUUUAGCCCUCAGAUUUGUCAGUCCACCGGGCCGGUCGGAUUUUUACUCAAUGGAGAAUGACAGAUCCUCUGAAGUUUUUGUUGGAGUGGGGGAGAGAGCAGUGCUGGAGUGUGGCCCAUCCCUCACUCUGAGGGGGGAAUCUUCAUCAUCCAUGGCAGAAGAAGUGCUCACUUGGAACAAGAAGGAAGACACGGGAACACAACUUAUAGACUGGUUCCAGUACCCAGAAAAGUACGGCAUUCUCGGUUUGUUCAACCUCGAGAUUUUUUAUGUGACGUCACAAGACAAUGGUCAGUACGAGUGCAUUAUUCAGAGAGAUGGAAGAUUUGUACACAUCAACGUCAAUCUACAAGUUGUCGAAAACCCGCAAGUGGACACGGGCAAAAACGACAUCGAAAUCAAAGACAUUUCAGUUCAUGAAACAACUUCAUUUUGGUGUCCGAUCAACUCGCAGCCGAAGUCAGAGAUUAAAUGGCUCUUCAACUCUAUACCAAUAUCACUCGGCGAAUUCUACAAGACCAAUUCGGAAGGAACAGAAUUGAGCAUCUAUGGAAUCGAAGCUGCCGAUCAAGGAAUUUUCCAGUGCCUGGCAACCAACGGCUUCGGCUGGGCGUCUACCUUCGGCCACUUGCACGUCAGUCAACAAGCUUACUCAGUUGGUCUUCUGAAUAAUCUACAAGCGCCAGUCUCUCUUCUGGCUCUCACAAUAUCCAGCAGAUUCAUCCAGCUAGGAUGGACACCCCCCUCGGUUGUCGAGAGGGGGAGCGGUAUGGGUGGUUACCACAGUGACAGUACAGGCACCACUUUGAAUCAGCCGACUCCUUUGAGGCCUAUAAAUAUCCAGGGAUACGAAAUACGAUACUGGCCGGCUGCACAAACUAACAGGUUCAAGAUGAUGAAAACGAGGCCGGGUGAGACUUCCGUCAACAUAACUGACCUCACGCCUCGAACAUCAUACUCAUUUAAAGUUCGCGCACUGGAUAUAUCUGGAGGUUACGGCGCUUUUUCAGCCCCACUCAGCUCCCCGACUCUUCCCGAAGUCCUGAAACCCGACCGGGUUCAGAAUCUGAAAGCCGACAGCGUUUCGUCGCGUCAAAUUGAACUGGUCUGGGACGAAUUAGAUAAAAGAUUUGGAGUUUUGGAUUACGAAGUUUUGUACAGAGAGGAGAACACAGCGAAUGGAUUCUCGCGAACUAGUGUAGUUACGACUAAUCAUUUCACGGCAGUCGGAUUGCAGGAGUUUUCGAGGUACAACUUUAUGGUACGAGCGAGAAAUCAGUACGGCUUCGGAUUUCACUGUGAGCCAAUCAGAGAGCAGACUCUAGCCGACUCGCCCUCGGGAGAACCGACUGAAGUGAAGGUGUUUGCAGACUCAGUUAGCCGACUGAUAAUUCAGUGGAAACCGCCUCUGCUGCAGGACUGGAACGGUCAACUCACCGGUUACUACGUGAAAUACCGCGAGAGAAGCCAGUCCGAAUCGAAACUGGAAAAGUACCGACUGCAAGACCGAGAACUGUUAAGGUACAUAUCGGCACUGGAUACUGGCGAGCUGGACAGAUCGGAGACUUCUGAGCUGGUGCUGGGAAGCCUGAAGAAUGACACCGAGUAUGAAGUGUCAGUAGCUGCAAUCAAUAAGAACGGAACUGGACCUUAUUCUGCGUGGAUUAGAGGGAGGACUAUGGAAAAUGAAUUACCUGAAGUCGCGAUCCCUGGCAAGUGUGAGUUCUUCACCGACGUCAUCACUGACACCAGCAUUGGACUCAGGUGGAGACCCCCCAAGAACAGCAACUCCACCAAGAUCCGACAUUACAGAGUGCAGUGCAAUAGACUGUACACACUGCCUUGGGAUAUGGCCCAGGUAGUUGACAGCAGACAGUUCAGUUUCACCUUCACAGACCUGGAACCAGACACCACAUACAUCUGUGCUCUGCUGGCGUGGAACUUCAGUCCAAAGAUGUCAGAUGCGAAUGCAGUCCACAUCAACGUCAACACCAGAGUGAAACAACCAUUAGAGUUACCACUUGUAACUCCUACGAACUUGAAGACACUGCCCUUGACCGAAGACUCAGUUAGUGUUCGCUUCGACGCCAACUACUCCAGAGGUCAAGUGUUCCAAAUCAGAUGCAUGCCUCGAAUCAUAGAAGACAACAACAUACGAGAGCGAAUCAUUGUCGUGAACACGAGCAACACGUAUUACUACUUUUCAAAUCUGAAGCCGAAUACCGAGUACUUGUUCGAUGUUCGGGCGGUUAGGGGUGAGAAGAGCAGUGAUUGGGGGUUGCAGAUCUCGGGAAAGACUCAAGAAGAUGUGCCCGGCGGUCCACCCGAAGAGUUCCGGGUCAGCAGAAAAGCAGACAAUGCUCUGACAGCACUUUUGAACUGGAAGCCCCCCUUGAAUCCAAACGGGAAAAUCACAGGGUACCUCAUAUCAUACAGCCAACGAUUCGACGAGAAGAACUGGGCGAUGGAGCCGGUGGAGGGCCCGUGGUUGGAGACCAAGGUGUCCGAUCUGCAGCCGAGUACCAUCUACUACUUCAAGGUGCAGGCCAAGACAGCUGUGGGCACUGGACCCUGGAGCUACAUCAAGACCACGAAGACAGGAGCCUACGCUGGAAGUGGAGGCAACUCACAUCAUGCAAACGGGGGCGGACCAAGUGACUCAUCGGAGAUCGGGCUGAGACGUGAACAUGUGUACAUUAUCGUCGCAGCAGUCAUCGGAGCAUCUCUCAUUGUGAUUUGCCUUAUCCUCGCUUUUGUGGUGUGUCACGUGUUCUCAAAGACAACAAGCAAACAUAGACUGAAUCCAAUGCAAUUCAUACCAACUGCCGAGACGAGCUCCACCAUGCAGACCCUGCAGACCUUCAACAACUCCAACCCCCCUGACCUCUGGGUGGGCCACUCGCAGCAGGGGGUGCCGCCCGGGAUGAACAACCCCCACAACAUCGGACUGGAGGUGAAACAAAUAGAACAGGACGCACUGCGCAAGUCACCGCCAAGUGACACGGUCACAAGUCAAAACGGAAUAACAUACUACCAACCCCCUUCCUACUCGCAACCCAACGGCUACCAUGGAGUCACCCAAUAUCAGCCCAUGAUGCCAGACCCCCAGAAGAUGUCCCCCCAAGGCUUCUCCAGUCACAAACUCAACCCCCCUCCUAGUCUCAUGCAACACCAACAACAACACCCGUACCCUCUAUCUUCCGGUAGCAAUUUCCCCCAACUGGGUCGAAGCGCGUUCAUGACUGCCCAGGCAGGGGGGAACUCGCCCCUGCCUGCGACUAUUAGUGCAGGUGCAGCAAAUUACCCUAAAGGGUUCCACGAAGUGCCUACGAUCCAGUCGCCGACCGCUUUGAACCUGCAGAUGAUGCACCAGAGGACCUCCCAGGAGAACCCCCCUCAGAUGGGGGUUCCAGCCGCUCUCUACAGUCCCAACAGCAAUGUGUCAGACACCAGCGGAGGUACUGGUCCAAGUACCAGAGAAUCGCCAGUUGCAAACUUUGUCAGCUCUCCUAUGGCUGACGUCUUGCGCCUCAUGGCCCAAAAUCGAAGAAGUCCCACUAAUACCGUGCAUCACAAAAUAUCCCACCCGAUGGCCUUGGGAUUACCUCUGCCUGCUAUGGUCCCGACUAAUAACCAGCUAUCCCCUGUAGGUCAAAGUAGGGGUCAAAUAACCCCUUCAUUUGCUCAUCUCAGGGGUCAGACCUCACCCAGCGAGGGUCAAUUUAGAGCUCAAAUCUCUCCAGCUGAAACUCGUUUCGGAGGUCAAAUAUCACCAAUUGAUGUUCAUUUUUGCGGUCAUCACAGGUCACCUUCCGAAGUUAGAUUUAGAGGUCAAACUUCCCCGAUGGAAGGAUGUUUAAGCGGUCAGACUUCUCCGGCAAAUGAGCGAUUUUUGGGUCAAAUGUCACCCAAAGUAGCCCGUGUUUCUCGUCAUGCGAGCAUGAACAAAAGCGGUCCCGGAGAUUAUUCAACAGGGGGUUCGGGUACGAGUAGCGGUGGCUUCAGCAAUCAAGGCAAUAGAUCUUCGAUAGGAGGGAUUAUAACACAGUUUGUUCGUCCUUCGGCUAGCACUGUGGUUGCAAGGAGUAAGCCCCCCUCUUACCCUCAGCCUAUACCCCUCCACACUUCGACCAGUGCUUCUACAACUGGUGUUGCUGCAAGAGGAAGCGACGAUACUUCGUCGGACCGACUGAACUCUGCUGCUACCGAAGAAGACGUGAACCAGGCUACGGAGCGGAUGAUGGAACUGAUGAACAGGGUGAACCAAAUCAGCAACAACUUGUGAUCAAACACAACUAGCUGUUUCAUUCAAGUGCAGAAAAAACUAAAUCAUCUAUUCAUGACAUUUACCAAUUGUAGUUUUCUAAUUUUCGGAAAACAAAACUUAUGCAAGACUGAAUGCUUUUUCCUUUUAAAAAAUUAAUCUAUGAUUUUGAAACAAAUGAUUGAUUUGAAGAGAUUUGAGUUAGAUCGAAAUCCAAGAAUUUGGGAUUUAUUUACAUCAAUAUUUACACAUACAGUUUACAUUUUGUACAUAUGUUUUUUACAAUAAAUCUAUUUUGUAGGAUAGAUAGAUUUUAAUUCGAGUUCAAAGAACAUAAGUGUUGCGAGGAUGGUAAGGACAGAACUUUCUAGAAGGAUGGGUCCCCGAAUCCGACUUGUUUCUGAAG